AUGACGUCACAGAAGAAAUUCAUCUUCGAGGUGGAAGCAGCUAAAGAAGCCACCGAUGGAAAACCCUCCAUUGGUCCUGUCUAUCGUAGUACUUUCGCCAAAGACGGUUUCCCUAACUCUAUCGACGGGAUCGACAGCUGUUGGGAUAUCUUCCGCACGGCUGUUGAAAAAUAUCCAAACAAUCGCAUGCUUGGUCGACGUGAGAUUGUGAACAACAAGGCAGGAAAGUACGAGUGGAAGACAUACAAAGAAGUAUAUGACAUUGUCAUAAAAAUUGGAAACUCUCUCCGUAGCUGCGGGAUUGAGCAGGGAGGAAAAUGUGGUAUUUAUGGUGCAAAUUGUCCUGAGUGGAUCAUAAGCAUGGAGGCAUGCAAUGCACAUGGGCUCUAUUGUGUUCCUUUUUACGAUACUUUAGGCUCUGGUGCCGUGGAGUUUAUUAUUUCCCAUGCAGAAGUUUCCAUUGCUUUUGUAGAGGAGAAAAAGAUUCCUGAGCUUUUUAAGACAUGUCCAAACUCCACAAAGUAUAUGAAGACUGUUGUGAGCUUUGGCGGUGUCAAAACGGAACAGAAAGAAGAAGCUGAAAAGUUAGGACUCGUCAUACAUGCUUGGGAUGAGUUCCUGAAACUGGGUGAAGGUAAACAAUAUGAUCUUCCCGUUAAACAGAAAAGCGACAUUUGCACAAUCAUGUAUACUAGCGGAACCACUGGUGACCCAAAGGGAGUUCUGCUGUCGAACGAGAGCAUUGUUACAAUAGCAGCUGGAGUGAUGCAUUUCCUAGCUAUUUUUAACGAAAGCCUAACUGAGAAGGAUGUCUACAUAUCUUAUCUUCCUCUUGCGCACGUCUUUGACCGGGCUGUUGAGGAGUGCAUUAUUCAAGUUGGUGGUUCAAUCGGCUUCUGGCGCGGGGUGAGGACAUCUCAACAUUCUGAUCUUCGAAACCACUUGUGUAUUUGUUUGCUAUGUCUUAUGUUCUGCGUUCAGGAUGUUAAGUUGUUGAUUGAAGACCUUGGUGAGCUAAAGCCAAGUAUUUUCUGCGCUGUCCCUCGUGUCCUAGAAAGAGUAUACACAGGGCUGCAGCAAAAACUUUCUGUUGGUGGUUUCUUCAAAAAGAAGGUUUUCAGUGUUGCUUUCUCCUAUAAAUUUGGAAAUAUGAAGAAGGGGCAGUCUCAUGUCGAAGCCGCUCCUUUCUGUGACAAACUUGUCUUCAACAAGUGGCAACCAGAUGGAAGCAUGAAAAUAAUUGAUCGGAAAAAGAACAUCUUCAAACUCGCACAAGGAGAGUACGUUGCAGUUGAGAAUUUAGAAAACGUAUAUGGUCAAGUAGAAGCCAUUGAAUCAAUAUGGGUGUAUGGGAACAGCUUUGAGUCUUUCCUUAUCGCAGUCGCUAACCCGGCUCAGCAAACUCUUGAACGCUGGGCCGAGGAGAAUGGAAUUAGUGGAGACUUUGAAUCUAUAUGUCAAAACGCAAAAGCAAAAGCAUUUGUACUUGGAGAACUGGUUAAGACAGCCAAAGAAAGAAAGUUGAAGGGUUUUGAGAUCAUUAGAGCUAUUCAUUUGGAACCCGUGGCUUUCGACAUUGAAAGAGACCUUCUUACUCCUACCUACAAGAAGAAGAGGCCUCAACUGCUUAAAUACUAUCAGAAUGUGAUUGAUGAUAUGUACAAGACUGCAAAGGAAGGUCAAGCUUCAGGACAGUAG